AUGCCGGACGAGAAAUCCAAGUACGAAGCGCUACCAAUCCCUUCAUACGAAGAAGCCACCGGGUCCUCAUCUCGUACAUCCACUCCGAAUCACACACCCGAUGAAGACGGUAUUCCAGCCGAGUUGGAAGGUUUGCUGGGUGCCGACGCAGGAGGACGACUUCCUGUGCCCACUCGCCGCCAAGGAUACCGGCCUCCGCCUUCCGUAGAAGAUGCACGCGAGAGCCUUGAGCAGCACGAUACGUUCUUAAAUCAACAUGAGGAACCACGGGGUAGCGAGGGCGAUGAAGAGGACCGGGUACGCCAGGAGAUGGAGGAGAUGGAUAUCGAAGAGGAAGCCCAUCGCACGCCCCAGUCAGCAUGGGGGAAGCGGAUAUCGAGUAUAUCGCAGUCACUCUCCAGUAUACAUCUGCCUUUUCGAUGGAGGUGGAAAUGGAAGAUCAAUCUACAUAUGCCAGGAGGGUUGAGGGAAAGAAUCAAGUGGCCACAGAUCACAGCGGAUGCCUGCAUUCUGAUCGGGAGGUGCUUUGCUAUCAUUCUCAUUAUGAUAGUCGUGUACUUUCUAUUCAUGAGUGACAUAUUUACUGGUGCCGCGCAACGGAUGGGCCAAGUGUUUGAUCCUGAGAAUGUGAGGAUGCAUGUCCAGGCGAUGGCUGAUGCAGGUAGGAUCGAGAGUCAUCUGCGAGUGAUUACGCAGGAGGAUCAUCUAGCUGGGACGAAGGGUGACUAUGUGCUUGCGAAGUAUGUGGAGGGGGUCUUCAUAUCGAGCGGCCUGGAGGAUGUGAGGAAGGACGAAUAUCAAGUAUAUCUCAAUUAUCCUAAGGAGGGGGGAAGGAAGGUCGAAAUUUUGGGGAAGGACGGGAGCGUCUCUUGGUCCGCCAAAAUCGACGAGGACCCAGUGUAUACGGAUCCUCCUAGGCAGCAGACGCCGGUCUUCCAUGGCCAUUCGAGGAGUGGUGAUGUUACUGGGCCGAUAAUAUACGCGAACUACGGCUCGAGGGAGGAUUUCAAGCGAUUGUACGAUUCUGGGAUUGAAACGAAAGGAGCCAUUGCAUUAGUACGAUAUUACGGGAGCCAGGGAGAUAGGGCCUUGAAGGUUAAGGCGGCAGAGAUGGCGGGGUUUGCGGGGUGUAUAAUAUACAGCGACCCUGCUGAUGAUGGGUUCGUGAAAGGCGAUGUUGCUCCAAAUGGACGGUACAUGCCUGAAAAUGGGGCUCAAAGGGGUGCGGUCAGUUUGAUGAGCUGGGUAGUAGGUGAUGUUCUUACUCCUGGCUGGGGGAGUACGAAAGGAGCGAAGAGGAUAUCAAAAGACAACAAUCCCAGACUAGUGAAUAUUCCCAGUGUACCGUUAUCCUGGGGGGAUGCACAGCACCUACUGGAGGCAAUCAAAGGCAUUGGACAAGCUUGCCCAGAUGAAUGGAAAGGGGGGAUUCCUAAAGUGGAAUACUGGACCGGGGAUCUCUCAGGCCCGAAAGUCCACCUUCUUAAUGAUCAAGAUGAGGUGGAGGAGCAGCCGAUUUGGAAUGUGAUGGGCAAGAUAACCGGCGUUGAACAAAAUGAGAAAUCCAUCAUUGUGGGCAAUCACCGGGACGCUUGGGUUUAUGGUGCCUCGGACCCUGGAUCCGGAACAGCAGUCAUGCUCGAAGUGGCCCAUAUCUUCGGGGAUCUGGUACGUCGCGGAUGGAGACCUCUUCGGACUAUCGAAUUUGCCUCAUGGGAUGGUGAAGAAUACAACCUCAUUGGUUCAACCGAGUAUGUCGAGAGCAAUAUCGACCAGUUACGAAAGGAUGGUUUUGCGUAUCUGAACGUGGACGUUGGUGUUGUGGGCCCAGAGUUCCGGGCAGCAGGGAGUCCCGUAUUCCAGAAAUCGCUUUUGAGAGUGCUUGAACGGAUAAGCGACCCCUUUAAAAACGCUACAUUGCGCGAAUUGUGGGAUACGCACGGCAGUCACCUCGAGGGCCUAGGCGCUGGCAGCGAUUAUGUGGCUUUCCAAGAUAUCGCUGGCACAUCGAGCCUUGACUUUGGCUUUGAUGGCCCCCCAUACCCCUAUCAUUCUGCCCAUGACAAUUUCGAAUGGAUGGCGACAGCUGUGGAUCCAGGAUUCCAAUACCACAAAGUACUAGCCCAAAUCUGGGCGCUACUCAUUCUUGACUAUGCCGACCGGCUCGUCAUGCCUUUUGAUAUUUCGGCCUAUUCAGCAUCUCUAACUGCUUGGUCAAUGGAUCUUGGGAACUGGGCAGAAAACAAGGGCGCGAACCAAGCAGGGAACACGAAGUGGAGUAUCGAACCCCUUCGAGAAGCUGUACUCCAAUUUGCAAACGAUGCUAGAAAGUUUGAGCAGUGGGAGUUGGAAUGGGAUGCUAUCAUCCUUGGAGGUGGUGGCUUCGAAACUUCCGUUUUGGCGGCGCAUAGACAAAGCCAUAACACACGAAUGGCGAAUUUUGAAACCAACUUAUUGGAUUUGGAGGAAGGUGGCGGUAUUCCCAACCGCACCCAAUUCAAGCAUGUUGUUUUUGGACCUCAAUUGUGGUCCGGCUACGAUGAAGCGUUCUUCCCUUCUAUUCGCGACGCCGUCGAAGCCGGGGACUGGACCUUAGCCAAGGCACAGGUCGAGAAAGUGGCCAAUAUUAUCAAGCAAGCCAGCUCCAGGCUUGUUGGCAAUAGGUAG